AUGACGACUCCACGAUAUGAACCCCUCGGCUUCGGCGUAGGUGGGAUGGGCAGUAUAGAUGGCAACAUCACGACUACUCAGGGCAUUGAAGACAGCACCAGGGGUCCCGCCGAGAAGCAGGGUGUCAGAUUCUUUGGACGCUCCGUGUCGAACAACGCCGAUGGGAGUUUUGCAUACACCGGCUUUGACGGAGAUGUACCUGCUCGCACUACAAGAACGGGGAGCUCGUUGUACAGAGUUGCCUCAUCGGCCUGGUCCACUUUGUCGGCCACCGUUUCGAGAGUCAAAGUGGACGCACCUUGGAAGCACGAGUUUCUCGAGAAGCACGGAACUCCUCCAUCCGACACCGUCCGGUACUUUGACCACAGACGACAGCGCCGAAGGUUGUUUGCCAACAGCAGUUUGCAAUGGGUUUUUACUGCCUUGGUCUGCGCUUCUCUUGCCGCUCUCUUAUAUAUUGUCUCCAAGGCCGCUAAUGGAGUGACGAUCUCUCGCAAGCACGCCUUCAAUGCGAUUAUCACGGGCUUAUCGUUGAUCCUGGGUCUCAAUCUUGCCUCUUCGAUGAAGACGUAUGCCAAUAUGCUCCGUUGGAGAAUGCUGGCUUCUGGAUAUCGGACACUGGAUGAGUUCGAAAGCAUCUUGGAGUGUGAAAGCCAACGAAAGACACUCACAAUGCUAUGGACUUGCCGCACUCGCGGCCGAUGGCUUCCCAACAAACUUCAAACCGCCGCGGCCGUGUCACUCUUGAUCAACUUGGCUCUCCAGGUCUCCACGGCGUUGCUAGGUUUGACCUAUUCCAUUGAUGUUUCGGAUGAGUUUGUGAGACUCCGUUCAGGCCUCGUCAGUAUUGCGGACGUCAGCUACAUCGGCACCACGAAGACAGACGCCGAGUACCAAAGCAACCAGAACAGCAGUGCGUCCGUAUUGGCUCAAGUGGGCGUGGCGAAUCAACUGGGCAUCGAAGGCCAAGACUACACGGUCUUCACCACAGAUUAUGGGAGUGACGCGACCGGAUCCGCCGACAACCAGAUCUUUACCGAUCCGGAGUCGUCGCUUUACUGGUAUCGCUUUGUUGACCAGAAUCCGUUGUCAAAUGGUCUGUCAACGGCGUCUGAUCGAAAGGUUAAUGCAACCGCAACGUGCAAAUCAUACAAGGUCAUAUACGGCGGUGAGGCUGGGUUUCAAACGACCGAUGAAAGCCUAAUGUGGGACGUAACCUAUGUCGAUGAUGAGGGCAAAGAUAUCAGCUUGGUCAUUCCGGAGCAGGCGACUGGUGCGACGACCUGGAUGUCGAAUGUAACCACCGAUUGCGGUGAUCGCUGCACACAAGUCUUCGCCCUGCAGACCGCGGACAACAUCACGAGCGGCGUCCCCGUCCCGCGCUUCUGGUCCUGCUAUACAUAUGUGUCCAACGUGUCCAACGUCAACGAAUACCCCACUCCGUCUCACUACCAGAUGCCAGAUGCACAGGCACAGAUCCUGGCUGGAGCAAUCGGCUGGUCGGGCAUUCUGACCGACUACACCGACAGCGACGACGCUAAUCUGCAAAGGGUGCUGUACCAGGCAGACUCGGAGUGGAGUGCACCGGACAACAUAUCAGAGGCUGACAUGGCGCGACUGCUUAUGAAGUUUACGGCUGGGGCCAUUGCGGCUCUCGACGCGGGUGGACCACGUCUCAACGUCACGGGGUACACACCGGUAUCGAUGCAAUUACUCAAUGUGCAGUGGAGGUUUGCUGGAGCUCUUCUUGCCGGCAUUCCCGUUGCGCAGGCGUUGAUCCUAGCACUUGUGAUUGCAUUUGGAGAUCGGGCAAUUAUCAAGGACGGCAGUCCGUUGUCGACGGCCCGUCUCUUGCGCCCGAUUGUAAAUAAGCUGGGCGACACGGGGUGUCUGUUGACUGGCGAGGAGAUCGCGGCCAAGUUGGGCAAUUAUCGCGUCAUAUAUGGUGUUACAGAUCCUGAUGGGACCUUACCAGCUCACGGUGCCGGCGAUGAUGGCCAGGUCAAGCAUCUUGAUCUGCUGGAGGAGACGGAAGGUUUGGGUCGUACCAAGGGACGAAUGCCUAUAGGUAGGUAUGAUGGGAAGGUGAAGUAUCCUUCUGCUGCGAUGGACGAGACGGACACUUUGUUAGAAGUGGGAGAUGAGGAGAGGGAUACCGCAGGUAGUGACGAGGUGCAUUGGACUAGUCAGCGUAGGGAGCGGAGGAUGAGUGUCUAG